UCUGCAGAGGGACGAGGUCGUAUAAAUAGCGAAUGGUUUGGGGUACUCCAGACAUUGAGGGCAGCCGCUGCUGACGGUCUGCCGACAUCAUGCAGUCGCUGUUUGGUGAAAAUAAAAGGGAAACUCCAGAGGCAAUCAAAACAGAAAUUCAAGAUGAAAUACCAAAAUGGCUGCAAGGUGUUCUCAUCCGAAAUGGACCUGGCAUGCAUAAGAUUGGAGACACUGUUUACAACCAUUGGUUCGAUGGGUUAUCCUUGCUACAUACCUUCACCUUUGAAAAUGGUGAGGUGUUCUACAGAAGCAAAUAUCUCCAAAGUGAUACCUACAAGCGUAAUAUAGAAGCCAAUAGGAUUGUCGUGUCAGAGUUCGGCACAAUGGCUUAUCCAGACCCAUGCAAGAAUAUUUUUUCCAAGGCGUUUUCCUACCUUGCACAUGCUAUUCCUGACUUCACUGAUAAUUGUUUGAUUAACAUAAUCAAAUAUGGUGAUAAUUUCUAUGCUUCAUUGGAAGUUAACUACAUCAGAAGAAUUGACCCAAGGUCACUUGACACAUUGGAAAAGGUUGAUUAUGCAGAUUAUGUCCCACUCAACCUGGCAACAUCUCAUCCACAUUAUGAUGGAAACGGAAACUCCUACAACAUUGGCACAUCGAUUGCAGAGAAAGGCAAAACAAAGUACCUGAUUGUGAAAGUACCAACUAUAAAGCCAGAUGACAAGAAUGCGUGCUUUAAAAACUGUGAAAUAUUCUGCUCCAUCCCUUGUCGCUCACUUCUCAGCCCCAGUUACUGCCACAGCUUUGGUAUGACUGAAAACUACAUCAUCUUCUUAGAGCAGCCAUUUAAACUGGAUAUACUCAAAUUGGCUACAGCCUACUUCAGAGGAAUAAACUGGGCCAGCUGCCUGAGUUGGCACCCAAAGGAGAAGACCUAUAUUCAUAUCAUGGACAGAAAUACAAAGAAGGCUGUGCCCAUAAAGUUCUACACCGAUGCACUGGUGGUCUAUCAUCAUGUCAAUGCAUAUGAAGAGAACAACCACUUGCUUAUUGACAUCAUUGCAUAUGAAGACAACAGUUCGUAUGAAAUAUUCUACUUAGCAAACAUGAAGUUGAAUGAUAAUGAAUUUCAAGAGAAAGGCAAAAGCUGCAAACUUCCACAGUGCAGAAGAUUUGUAAUUCCCUUGGAUAUUGACAAGAACACCGAGACUGGCACAAACAUUGUCAGACUUCAUGGCACCACAGCACAGGCACUGAAGGAGCAAGAUGGACAAGUGUACUGCACACCUGAAGUUUUAUUUGAAGGUGUAGAGCUUCCGCGAAUAAACUACAAUUACAAUGGUAAGAAGUACAGGUACAUUUAUGCAUCCAGAGUUCAAUGGAAGCCAAUUCCAACAAAGGUAAUUAAAUGUGACAUUCAGACCGGGAAUUUUCUGGAGUGGGAGGAAGCAGAUUGCUGGCCUGCAGAGCCAGUGUUUGUCCAAGCUCCAGAUGCUAAAGAGGAAGAUGACGGUGUUCUGUUGUCUUCAAUUGUAUCAACUGAUGCCAAGAAAUCUUCAUUUUUACUUGUGCUUGAUGCAAAAACUUUCAAAGAAGUGGGCCGUGCUUCUGUUAGUGCUGAUGUACAUCUGGAUCUUCAUGGCAUAUUUAUUCCUGAAAAAGAGCUAAGCACACAAAACUGAAAAUAUAUUGUUUGUGAAGGAGAACAGCGAAUGCCUGUUCCAUUGAACUCUCACCGCCUUUUGACUAAAGCAACAUCAACUAUUGGACAGAAAAUAAAGAGCAGAAAGCUCUCGCAUCUUGCUUGGAAUGACUUCCUGUGAAUAACAAGAGAUGAACUUCAGAUUCAGUCCUUUGUAGUGAGGCAGUCAUGAGAAGUGUUUUAGUUAAUUCAUCCUCAAUCAAGUUAUUUUGUGGCCAAAAUACAAUGAAAACACUAUCAGCUGGGCAAAAGAGUAAAAAAAAAUAUGAACACACAAAAUAGAUUAACAAUUGAUUGACAGUGAAAUAGUUUAUUUAAUUAGAUCGAUACUUGCUAAGAAAGAUAGUUUAAGACAGUGGUCCCCAACCUCCGGGCCGCGGACCGAUAUUGGGCUGUGAAGCAUACAGGGGUGCAGCGGUAGCUGGAGUGCACCCAGCACAUCUUUAAGAAAAAAGCCGAAAUAGGCACGUAAAUGUCGGCCUAGAUCAGAGGCGAUUGCCGAUUUCACUUGCUCUAUGGGAUGUUCACUUCUCUUUCCAGGGCGCUGGAGCCUUUAGUUGUUCCAUUUUUUGGUCAAUUUAAAUGCCAGCCCAGACAGGCUGAAAAGACAGAGCUGUCAGGAUCGAGGUGACAUGUUGAAUCGACACAAACUUCUAAUAAAGUAUAGGCGCUGCCAUGCUUUCUUUGUAAUGACAGUUACAUGCUGGUCCCAGGACAGAUCCUCUGACACUUCUCAGAGAGAGAAACGUCAAUCCUUAAUGCCAAAGAAUUUAAAGUUAUUUACCCUCUCCACUUCAGUUCCUCUAAUGAAGACUGGCUUCUGGGCAGCACCUAAUUAAUUAGCUUGUUUGUUUUGGCUUUUUUCUUAAAGAUAUGCUGGGUGCACUCCAGCUACCGCUGCACCCCUGCAUGCUUCGCGGCCCAGUAUCAGUCCGCGGCCCGGAGUUUGGGGACCACUGGUUUAAGAUGAUAAAACGCCACAUUAUUUUGCAGGUGCAAUUUAUUGCUGGAAAAUAUACAGUAUAGAAAUCUAUUAUAAAAUACUUUAUCUAAGACUUUGAUGUGAUCUUGUUGGGCUAAACCGUCACUGACAUCUUCAGUUCAUAGCAAGAGAAAAAUAUAAUUGUUUUGAAAUUAUAUUUCUGAAAUACAUCGUGUGAAUAUAAUUAAUGCUUUAAAAAUAAUCGGUAUCAUAUUAAAUUCCAAUUAUUGAACAAGCGGAGCUUGUUUAAACUGGAAAAUGAGGCUGCAACAAUUUGGAGAUGAUUAUUUAUUAAAGGAAGAAACAAAGUUACAAAAAAUAGCAUUACAGGAUAACAUCCAGAAUUAAAAAUGAUUCUGAAGUCAUGAAAACUCAUAGCAAAGAAAAUAGGCCCAUUGCCCAUGGCCUACUGCUACGAUGAGACCACGCUCAGGUUGGAGGAGCAACACCUUAUAUUCUGUCUUGGUAGCCUCUAACCUGAUGGCAUGAACAUCAGUUUCUUGAACUUCCAGUAAUUGCCCACCCUCUCCUUCACCAUUCCCCAUUCCCGUUUCCCUCUCUCAUCUUAUCUCCUUACUUGCUCAUUACAUCCCUCUGGUCCUCCUCUCUCUUCCCUUUCUUACAUGGUCUUCUACCCGCUCCAGUCAGAUUCCCUCUUCUCCAGCCCUUCAUCUGUUUCACCAAUCACCUUCCCAGCUCUUUACUUCACCACUCCCCCUCGCCCAGUUUCACCUAUCACCUUCCACCUUGUACUUCUUCCUCUCCUCCCCCCACCUUCUUACUCUGACUUCUCAUCUUUUUUUCCAGUCCUGAUGAAAGUCUCGGCCCGAAACAUCGACUGUACUCUUUACCACAGAUGCUGCCUGGCCUGCUGACGUCCUCCAGCAUUUUGUGUGUGUUGCUUUGGAUUUCCAGCAUGUGCAGGUUCUCCCCUGUUGGCAGUGAUUUAUCUCCUUGAAGGUGCUACAUUUUUGUGUAAUUCAAUUGCCAGCGAGUUGUUUGUUAUGUCUCCCCGCAACUACAGGUCUUUUGUCUGCUAUUGCUUUGCGCACGCUUGAAAGCUGGUAGCGGGUGCACUUUAUUUUUGCCAGUGGGGGGAGCGUGAUUGUUGCUCGCUGCUGCUUAUGCGCGGGAGGGAGGGGAGCUGGGGGGGACUUUGGGGUUCUAACAUUUAACUGUCAUUCAUUCUUGGGACACGCCUCUGUUUUUGUGGAUGGUUGCAAAGAAAAAGAAUUUCAGGAUGUAUAUUGUAUACAUUUCUCUGACAUUAAAUUGUGCCUUUGAAACCUUUGAAACUAAUGAUGAGGCUCAUUGUGAGAUUUAUAAUAGAGCUGUUUAAUUUCUUACUGAAGAUUGUGGAGAGCCCCAGCAAGGGUGGCUCCUGAGAAACUAACAGUAUGAUUCAAUGUCAUAGCAUUUGCAAAAGCAUAUAUCAAGAGCAGUGUAAUUCCAUUCAGAUACACAGAUAUUUGGUGUGUGUUGCUGAAGUUGUGUUUAGAAUAAUAAAGCAAAGGCAGAGAUGUUCUGGAUUGUUGGCCUAUUGUUGAUGUAAGGUGCAAAAUAUCUGUGAUACACUAGGGUUUGCAUCAGGACAAUAUAAAGGAAUCUGCUGCUUUAGUCCGAUGGAAGAUUUUGAUGAAUAGCAAACACGGGAUAGAAACUUAAAUAAUUCAUUGUGAUGUCUGUUCUGCUGUCUUAGCCAUGUAACUGUCACCCAGUUCAUUAAACCAGAUUUUAACGAUGUAACUGUCAUUAUAUUGUUUGUUAUAAUUGAACAAAUUUGUCACAUUUAGUUAAAUAAAUUAUUAAAUCUAUUGCAAUCAUACAGUAUCCAGUUAAUGUAGUGAGAAGACACUUGCCAUGGUAAAAUUUUCAAUAAAGAAUGUGUACAUUAUGCACUUCAGAAUCAGAAUUUAUU